GGAGACACUUAUUUUUUUGGCUCAGAAAAUGUGUUUGCAGAAUGCUUGUCAUUCAUGAAGAAAUAAGAGUUUAUAGAAGUUUAUGCCCCAUAGGCAAUAAAUAUGGAAUAAUAUGCUGUACAGAAAUAUUCCCAAAAUAAGGCUCUCUAAGAAUAUAGGAUCAAAUUCCCGCAUACUUGGGAAGUGAGAAAAUAUUUUGAUGUCAAUAAGAAUUGCAAUUAAAAUCUUUAGUCAGAUCUCAGGAGAAAAACAAUUGCAGUGUUUAAAAAAAGGCUGAAGCCUUAUAAUUCCAUAGAAAUGGCUACAGAAACCAUUUGGCUUUCUACUGAUCAAACUCUGUCUCCAAGUACUUGCUGCCACAGACAACAGAAAAUAAAAAUCAGCAGAGAUUGGAACAACAAAAUCACGCCAGAAUCUUUUGUUUUGUUGUAUUUUGCUUGUGGCUCAUAACUAGAAUGUAGCACCAUUAUAAUUUUCUAAAAGCUUUUUGGACUGAGUUUUGAGUGUGUUUCUGGUCUGCUUUCCCACCCUCUGCCAUAAACAAAUAACCUGCAUCUGGUUUUGUAUCCUGUAUUUCAGAUUCGCAGCUCCCUAGACCCCACUUUUGUGCCUCUGUAAAUGCAUCAGCCCCGGGAGCUGAUGCAAGUGGCUGGAACCUCUUUCCCUACACUAUAAUCUAAUGCACUUACGAGCCAAUGAAUAUGUGGCAAAGGAGGGGCUUUCUGGCUGAGGGGCUCUGGCAGAGGAACAGCUGUUGAGCAGCAAAACCUUACCCAGAGCCAGGCAAACACACUCAUUCACAUCCUCAGUGGCUCUGUGCUGCCAGGGGGGGCAAGGCAGCUACCCCCCUCCUCCUCCUCCUCUCUCUGCAAAAAGUGAGCAAACUUGCACAGAGAAACAGAAAGGACAACAAACCUCAGCCGUGAGACAUUUCAGCAGAUCCAGCAAUGGCCUGGGCCAGUAAUUUCUCCUGGUUAAACCACCUUGCUCUACAUGAAGAACGCCUCAGGGGGUACUUAAACAGCACUGAGGAUUAUUUAACCUUCCUGUGCGGGCCCAGACGGAGCCACCUGUUCCUGCCCAUGGCUUUGGUGUACUCGGUGAUCUUCGUGGUCGGGGUGGUGGGGAACUUCUUGGUUUGCCUCGUCAUCCUCAAGCACCGCAGCAUGAAGACCCCGACCAACUACUACCUGUUCAGCCUGGCGGUCUCAGACCUGCUGGUGCUGCUCUUCGGGAUGCCCCUGGAAGUGUACGAGAUGUGGAGCAACUACCCCUUCCUGCUGGGGCCCGUGGGCUGCUACCUGAAGACGGCCCUCUUCGAGACCGUGUGCUUCGCCUCCAUCCUGAGCGUGACGGCGCUGAGCGUGGAGCGCUACGUGGCCAUCCUGCACCCGCUGCGCGCCAAGCUGGCCAGCACGCGCCGCCGCGCCCGCAGCACCGUGCUGGCCCUCUGGCUGCUCUCCGUGCUCUUCGCCCUGCCCAACACGGGCACCCACGGCAUCGCCCUGCAGCACUUCCCCAACGGCACCCUGGUGCCCGGCUCCGCCACCUGCACCGUGGUCAUGCCCCUGUGGAUCUACAAUUGUAUAGUGCAGGUCACUUCUCUGCUCUUCUAUGUGCUGCCCAUGGGGGUGAUAAGUGUGCUGUACUAUCUGAUGGGGCUAAGACUGAGAGGAGAUGAAUCUUUGGAAGUGGAGGAAAUGGCUGUGAAUGUUCAGAGGCCAUCCAGGAGAUCAGUCACCAAGAUGCUGUUUGUCCUUGUGAUAGUUUUUGCCAUCUGCUGGGCCCCAUUCCAUAUAGACCGACUUUUCUUCAGCUUUGUUGUGGAAUGGACUGAGCCCUUGGCCAAUACCUUCAACUUAAUUCACGUGGUGUCAGGUGUUUUCUUCUACCUGAGCUCUGCCACAAACCCCAUCAUUUACAACCUGCUGUCCCAGCGCUUCAGGAUGGCUUUCCUCAGUGUGAUUUCUCCUUGCUGCAAGCACUGUGCCCCUAAACAUCCCACCUGCAAGAUUUCAUGCAAGAAGAGCAUGUUUGUGAUUGAGGAUCACAAUCUCAUGGACUCUGCUGAAAACACGAGCCUCCCUGGCACUCACAGGACAUCUGUCAGCAGUUCUCAGCUCUCCACUGGCCUGUGACUUUCUGUGCUGUCAUCCAGGUGAGAGAGAAAAGGUUAAGAAAAUUAAGAAACUAAAGCAGAAGAAAACUUCCUAAAUUUCAGCAAGAAUUGCUCAGGAGGUGUCCCACUGAAUGAAUGGAGGAGGAGGCUGUAUUUAGGAUGUGUUAGGGAAGCACUGUGCUGCCCCCCAGCUAAUGGGAGGGCUGGAAAUGGGAGUGUGCUCACUGCAAGCUGUGCCAGCAAAGAGCUGCUUUGAGAGCUCCCAACAUUGCCAGCACGGGAGAGGGAAUCAGCUCAGCCAAGUCUUACCAAAUAGCUUCUUGUGCAGCAACCAAAACAUCAGUUUUCACUUAUUUUGAAACAGGACAGUUUUCUGCAUAAGCCUUCUCUCCCCACUUCCAGCUUUAGGUAAGCCAAUCCCUCUUUCCUCUGCUGCAACAUUUUGAGGUAUGGCUGUUGCAAACCUCUGCUGUCAAUGUUAGCAAACAGGCAAGAAUGAGAGCAGCUCAGAGCUGGGCUGAUGAACACCAGCUACCAGCAACAGCUAUUUCUGGGCCAGAAAAACAAGGGAGACAACAACUCUAAAAUAA